AUGCAAUGUCACCGUGAAAUAAUCGCUAGUGUCUGGCCAGUCGCUUACGAACAAGACGUCAUUCAAGAAGCCCAACUUGAUAAUCUGCUUCUGCGAGAGCUCCGGUGGCUCUGGCUAAAUUCAACACGUUUGAGCGCUUCUUGGAGUCGUUUGAAUUUGCUCGCACUUCUGGUGUGGAGCCCUUACACCCCACUGUAUGCGGACCUUAUGCUCAAACCUAGAGACAAGCAAGAACCGGGAAGCCGUUCGGCGCGCGAGUUUAACCCAACAGUUUAUCAUUUGUCAGAAUUACCGCCUGUGCUAUGA